AUGGAUUCAAAGACAGGCGCAUUCCAUCAUGGCAACAUGCCCGUGCCAGAUACCUCCAGAGUCAUGCCGCUCUUUUCUCUGAAGGAUCGAACAGCUAUUGUUUCUGGUGCUGGUGCUGGCAUUGGUCUGUCUAUUGCUCACGCUCUUGCUGAGGCUGGCGCCAACGUAGCAAUCUGGUACAACAGCAACAAGCAAGCCCUGGCUGAAGCCGAGAACAUCGAGAAGCAAUAUGGCGUCAAGUGUCGAGCAUAUCAAGUCAAUGUCAUUUCCCACGAAGCAGUUGAGAAGGCCAUCAACGAAAUUGUCUCCGAGUUCAACGGCAGACUGGACGUCUUCGUGGCCAACAGCGGCAUCGCUUGGGAAGACGGUGCUUUCAUCGACGGACCUGCCGAUAGAGCCCGUCGUGUCAUGGAAGUCAACGUUGACGGUGUCAUGUGGUGCGCCAAGUCCGCAGGAGCGCACUUCCGAAGGCAAAAGAAAGAGGGCACGACAGUCGAUGGAAAGAAGCUAUCUAACUUUCUGGCGGGUAGCUUCAUCGCAACAGCGUCCAUGAGCGGAAGCAUCGUCAAUAUCCCGAACAUGCAGGCUGUAUACAACGCUUCAAAGGCAGCUGUCAUCCACUUCUGCAAAUCUCUGGCUGUGGAGUGGACAGGCUUCGCUCGCGUCAACACCGUAUCGCCCGGAUACAUCAAGACUGAGAUCACAGACUUUAUUAGUGAAGAAGUGCAGAACGUUUUCAAGGAAAAAACAGUUGCUGGACGCCAGGGCGAAACUGGAGAGCUCAAGGGAGCUUACCUGUACCUGGCUAGUGACGCCUCGUCGUUUACAACUGGCCACGAUCUGAUCGUUGAUGGCGGCUACUGCUUACCUUGA